UUGUCAAAACUUAACGAGGCAGUUUUCUGAAAGUUGGCCCCGUAGAGAGAAGCUGCGACGGAAUAGCCGAGGCGGGUCUCCUUUUUUUUCUGGCAACUCCGCAGACCACGGCGCAACGGGGAGGAUCACGCAACACAGGGCAGCUGGGGAGUCUCAAUGGCAGAGGAUGAUGCAGAAAAUAAUUGCAGGCAGCUUGGGAGGUGGACAACUCGAAGGGUGGGCAGGGAGGGGAGCAGAGAGGCACGGUGGCAUGGUUCUUGCUGGACCCCGGAGAGGUGCAGAUCAAAACAGUUGGGGUCAGUAGUUACUCACCAGGAACUGCCGGGAGGGAACCAGAAAACCAACGGGCGGGAUUAGAAAAGGGGGUUAGCGGGGAUGGGGAUUAAAGAAUUACAACAAGUAAGUAGACAAGAAAAAGAGAAGAAGAAGCAAGAGGGAAACAAAAUACAGAGAGGUAAGAUAGUAAGAGAGACACGACGAGAAGAUGGGAGGAGGAAGGAGGGGGGGAAAGAAGAGGAGAGGAAGAGGAGAAAGAGGAGUAAAGUAGUAGUAGUAGUAAGUUCUCUCUAGUAAAUUUUGGGAGGGAAAAGGGAA